GCCGCCAUGGCCGCGUACAGCUCAGACCUUGCGGAUGAACAGGAAAUGCGUAGCGUAGUUUGAGAAGCCGUAUUCUGGGACUUCCGGAAAGUCGCGCGGUGUAUAUAACAUCCGCGCCGUGCUCAUCCAAGCUCCCUCUACAAGUUGUCAGAGCCCGGCUGCAUCAAGAUUAUCUUUUCCAGCAAAGCAUCUCAUCGCCAUCCGACGUGGAUAUUCCAAUAUGCGCAACACAAACUGGACCUUCGCCUUGUUGGCUGCGGCCAUCUGUGCUGUCAAAGGGCAGGACCUGGACCAGAAUGAUAUUCCACAGGAGUGCCGGUCCACCUGUCAGCCAGUAGUGGACACUGAGAACCGAUGCGACCAGCAAUUUGAUGACGAUGACAACAACAACAAUCUCCAACCAGGAAUUCCAGCCAACCAGCAGUACCGAGACUGCGUGUGCCAGGACCAGAACGCCGCACAGGCUCUCGCUUCUUGCGUCGAGUGCGUGGCACGUUUCCCGAAUUACUACCUGGAUCUGGACGACAACAACAACCCUGAUACACCUGAUGGUCCAGAUGGCGAUGAUGUCAAUGAUCCCGAUGGUGAUGACGGGCAAGGCCAAGGAAACAACAAUAAUAACAACAACAACAGGAACCAGACUGUGGUCGAUAAUGACGUCGCUGAGUGGGCGCGUAUUUGCGGCCUGCAAGUUCCUGGAGCCAACAACACAAGCCCAAACCCAACUGCUGGACCUACUGCCGCUGCUCCAAGGGUCACCGCAACUGGUAGCACCACCGUGGUGCAGACUGUAGAUUGUGACGAUUUAAAUGACCCCGACGGACCAGACGGCGACAACGACGACAACCCAGAUGUCAACGAGCCCCAGUGCACCCGAACCACAGUGCUUCCAGUCUUCGGAACAAUCACAGGUGGUAACCAGACCCCUGGAGCUGCCCCAACAGGCGUCUCGACUUCAUUCGCCACGUCUGUUGGCACUGGUGCGAACGGUCAAACGAGCACUUUCACCACCGGUGUUGCAGUCGCGACUGGCGCCGCCGCUCUCCCAGCUGAGGCUGUGUCGUUCUUCGGAGCUGGUGCCGCCGCUCUUGUCGCAGCUUUCGCUUUGUAGAAGCAGGCAGUUUUUGAGGGAAGUCGUUCUUGGUGUUGCGUCGGGCGGUUGAGGGGCAUUAGCCACGGCAGGCUCGAGGCCACAGUGCUUGUAUCGGAAGUGGAUCGUAGUAAUAGCGAUAGCUGAUGCAUUAUGAGCCAACGAAUAACGGACGUUUAAUACUCGCUGAGCAAUUCUGGUUCUGAUUCAUUGUUCCUUCGAGCGCACAGCGUGGUCGAUACGGCCAGAUAGCCAUGAACAGUCCUAUGAUACCCUGAAGGCCGCGACCGUGGUUUCCGACUCGAGUCCUGCGGGCCUGUUUUGUUAGUGAUAUGGAAUUAGUGAUAUACGAUUAGUCGAGGCACAGCUGAAGCUGGCAGUGUAUCUUGGGCUUUUCCGGGCAAAGAGUUCACGUGAGCUCCGGAAGAGCC